GGCUCGGCUCGGCUCGGCUCGGCUCGGCUCGGCGGGUCCCGCUCCGCGGCCUGAAAUUCCUCUCGCUAGUCUUCCGUUCUGUUAAAUGCUUCCUCGCAAACCAGAGCAAAGGAAGAGACGUGAAGAGUUGAAUUUCACUGCCUUGUUUGGAACGGGGUGGAAAUCCUGGAGAUGGAUCUCUUAGGAGACUGUCUUCCUAUGGGGUUAGAUGCACAGGAACAAUGGAUCGCCCCAGCUACCUGGACGAGGACUAUUCUAGCCUGGAUGGGCUGGACGAUGACGUGUUUCACUCUGAUGACUUUGGACUUGCAGGUCAGCCUGGUGAGAUGACUGCAACAGGCAUUUUCACACAGAACCAGUCCUACAGCUGCCUUCUGGGGAGGUUUCAACUAUUUCCCCUCACACACUGCUGUGGUCCCGGUGUCAGGCAUCCUGAGCAGCAGGACAAGGCAACUCAAACACUCAGCCCGUCCUCUUCCAGUCAGGAUGUUAUGUUGCCUUGUGGAGUCACUGAAGAGCCCCGGAGACUCUUCUAUGGGAAUGCUGGUUACCGUUUACACGUCCCUCCAGUUGGCUUUGCAUUGGAUCCACAUCUCCAAGAGGAGCCUCAGGAAGGUCAACAGGAGGCGCGUGCUGAGGUGCAGAUUGCACGGAAGCUGCAGUGCAUUGCAGACCAGUUCCACCGGCUCCACAUACAGAGGCAUCAGCAGAACAGAAAUCAAGUGUGGUGGCAGCUUUUUCUCUUUCUACACAACUUGGCCUUAAACGUGGAGGCGAACAGGAACCACACUGGGCAGAGGUGAGCUUCACCCACCUGUUUCAGGCCACAUCCAGUCUGCAGGGAGCACUGAACAAACACUGGUUCGGGGGAGAGACAUGCACACCGCCGGCCGGAUGUGAGGACUCUGAAAUUCUUCUACUCGUCUUCAAGUUUGGGGUUUUAUGGACUCCUCUUUGCUGCUCCCUGCCCUGCGAGGCAGGGAGCUCUUGUCCAACACUGUCGAAGGAAAGCCAGAAUGUGGGUGUGUUUGGUAAAGCUUGCUGCUGGUUCCCCGCACCGGUAACCUCUGUGCAGGAGAGGCAGGUAUUAGGCUAACAGCUUCCUCUGCCCUGUUCGUUAGUCAGUGAUAGAGUGCAGGAGUGUCAUUUUGGCUGCUAGUUAAAGGUGAUGUCGGAAUUGAUGACUCUAAACAUAUUGUGGGUGUUUUCACGAGCAGAGGUGCUUGAUUCCUCCAUGAAGAAAGUUCUUUUUAGCAUUGAAACAUUCAAGUAGCUUAUAUCCAGCAGCUUACUUGUUUUCUGAGUGGGUUUAUUUCUUUGUAUCUUAUGUGAGAGAAAAUCACAAUGAAAUCUAAUCUCCUAAAUCUUUCCAUCGGGCAGCAAUUGCAGCUCCCUCACAUGAAGUUGUUCUUUGUCAUGGCCACUGACAGACCAAACUGUUUCAGUACAACAUUUUUAAAAGCCUUUCUGAAGUUACUGGUGGCUAUUAAUUUCCAUCACUGUUUACUUCCAGUUGAGUGUUCACAAUGCCCAUAAGCCAGCAAGAAACUGAAAACCGUGGAAUACGACAGAGGCAUCAUUCUUCUACAAUGCUAAUGUAUAUGCUUUUAUUAGUGUUAUGAUGGGUGUUUGUUUUGUUCUUUUCUUUCCUCUUACCAUAAUGUGGUUGGUCAGGAAGGCUUAGGUCCCAGGCAUCUGGUAAAAUUGCUUCAGGAUUUGGCAGGGAAAUUAAUUAGCAGCUAGUUUGACACAUACACUGUACAGUCUAUCCAUUACUCCACUAAGUAAUGUUUGAAGGCUGCUGUAAGCAUAUACUGACUAGCAGCAAUAAUAUUACUUCAAGGGAGAUCUCCUUGCAGUUCCUGGUUUGUAUGCACUCAGAAGUUUGUCCGUAUGACUGACAUUAUUGGACCAGUGCAGGGAAAUUUCCCUACCAAAAGGAAGUAGCCUUUAAGAUCUAAGGCUACUUCUAUGUAGCCUUAAGUAUCAUUAAUUCACAAACCCAGUGGUAACUACGGUAAAAUAUUAACAGCAAACCAAAACAGGCUUUAUUUUUCAGACCAUUUCAAUAUUUCCACUGCAACUUGUUGUAGAUCUCAAAUUAUAAAACUAGCUUGAGGAAGAUCUGUCCAGAGAAUUGUUCUUCGGCCCUGUUACAAAUGUUGAUUUCAGAUACUGAGAAAUUCUUCUGCUCUUGGUCCACUCUGAAAAAUAAGCAUUACUGUACAGGAAGAGUAGUUUACUUGCACAUACACUUUCUUCUCCACCCCUUUCUGCAUAUCCUUCUCUAAUUCAUGCUUUCUCUGGUAUUUUGUAUAAUCUCAUCAUUGCACUGUCGUGUCUGGUAACAAUUUGCUGAACACAGUUAAAUUUGGACUUUCUCCCUCUUUCCCAGCCCCAUUUUCUUGAUUUGCAUCCUGCUUUACUGUGGCAGAAUGUGCUUUAGCUCCAUGAAAGAGGUCCUAAAACCUUUUUCACUUUUGUAUAUUCACAGUCACUCUCUUUUAACAUAAUGAGAGUGUGUGUGAGAAAAGCUUUUUUUCUCCUCUUGUUAUUUUUCUAGCUAGUGCUAGAGUAAUGUUUGUCCAAAAUGAUUAAUAAUUCAUACAAAUGAAUCUCAAGUAAUAUUUUAGGGGGUGGGUUUUAGGAGGGCGGGAGGUUCUUGGGGGGAGAGGGUUUGUUUUUGUUUUUGUAUUAUUUCUUUAAGCAUGUGCACUACAGAGUUACCCAGAGGGAUACAAGUGAUACCUUUUGCCGACUAUGCUGCGGCAGCAUGGAAGCCGCUCUCGACCCAUGUUUUGCAGAGAUGAGGCUUUCCAUGCCUUGCCUUGCACAGUCUGCUUGGAGUAAACACUGGUCACUGGAGAACGAGGACUUUAAUGGGGGAAAGCCUGAGGAGUAGUGCAAGCCCAGACUGAAUUGGGGCCCCCUGGGAAGCUGGAUGCGAAGGAGAGAACUCUUAAAAUGGAAGGUCUUAAGGAGGCUGGAGUGAAAGUGCUAAGGCUCAGGAAGUAACACAGCAGUGCUGCCUGCCAGCAUACUCUAGGACAUGAUGCUUGCAUUUUCUCACUGGAUGCUAGGGCCUCUUUAUCAGGCACAGUCACGGACCAGUAGACCAAAGCUUCAUCCUAACAGCCCUGCAAACUAUGAAAGACUCAGCAAGUGCAUCUGACAGCUAAAAACCAUCGUGAGCUUUCCCCUUCCCUUCUGCCUUGACUUGACUACCAAACAGGCCAAUAAUGCCAGUGUCUGCUCUGGAUACGUAAGCUGGAAAGACAGAUCUGGUGUUGGCACUUUCUGGUGUUGUGACCCUGCCGGUUUAUGUAGGAUAAGACUGUUCUCAAGAUGGAGAAACAAAUACCUGAAAUUGUUCCACAGUCAGGCCAACUGCCUGAAUAGAAUCAUUUGGCUCAGGGAAAGACACAUCUUUGCCAGUCCAUAUUUCCCAGUGUAACAACAAACUUAUCAAAACUGGUCAUGCCAGGGUUUUAAGUUAAAACCUCCUUGAACAACAAUACUUCAUUGGAGACAUAGGGCUAAUCCUAGACAAAGGCUGACUUCCUGCAAUACGCAUGGUGGUUACUGUUGCCAGAGAUUUGCAACCACUGAUAAUAUAUUUUAAUUAUAUUCCAUAUCUGCAUAUCUUGGAGAAAGGAAAUACGCUCUGUCAACCCAAAAGUCUUAUUUUGCUUUAUGUAGAUUUUGAGGGGCAGGCUGGCUAUUUACUUGAGGAAAAGGAGCUGCUUCAUGCUUACAGUCUCACCUACUCGAGGAAAUAGUGGGUACUUGUUAUUUCAUUUUUCCUUCUGGCCUGGUCAGAUGAUUCUGUCUUCUCUUGAGGGUGGGGAGAUUUCACAUGUUUAUCAACAAAUACACAGAUGCACAUCCCUCAUGUGAUCACCCUUUUGUUUGUCACCCAUUCCAUGUUAGUGAGUACCAUUCAGCAUGCACUGAGGAGAUCUUCCCCUCAGAGAGCCUCUUAUAGUGUGAGCGCAGACAUAGGCCGAUUGUUUGGGGAGCCACUUCCAAGGAAUGUGGACUAAGUCCUGUUGGUGAAGGAGUAUGCUAGAAUUUUAUGAUACUAGGUUGUCUUGGCAAAAGGACUGGGAUACUGUUUCUCUCUGUGUUGUAAAACUACAGUCUAACAAUCCUGAGAGAACAGAUGGAUCUUCCUCCUAAAACAUAUUCCUAAUUUUAACAAGCAGUUCUUAAGAAAAAGCUUGAGCUGCUGCUGAUGGUACCAGCAGUGUUGAAGUGUCUUGCUUGCCGUUCCCACAUCUCCAGAACAGCUUCAGAGCUCAGCUCUCUCUCCUUGAGAGAUGGAUGGAGGUCUUGGCAUCCCUUCCCAGCUUCCCACCCUUUUGAGUAUCUUGUAACCCUGGCCAUCCUGGGAUCCGGUAGGCCUGGUGCUAGUAGGGAAUAGUUAGUUUUACUUUUGUUUCCUGCAAUUCUUGAAAGCUGAGCCAGUAAUCACAAAGUGAUUGCCCAGGGAUAGCUGCAAACUGCCCUAAGGCAGUAUCCUAAGUAGGAUACAACAGAGGCAGAAGAGGCCAUGACUUUGCAUAGAAGGGGUUGCCAUUGGAUUUGUAUGUGGGGCUGCAGACUUCUCCCAAGGUGCUGAUAAUCUUUGGUAGUGCUGAAUUCCUGCAUAACAUAUCUCAGUAUAAAUAGCUGGUAUUAGAUGGUUGUUGGCCAAACUAUCUGUAUGAGAGUCCUGAAAGGAACAUCCCUAUCAGCCUUUGCUUGGGAGACAGGUAUCAACAAGGGACUAGAGGAGAGGAACCCAGUCCUUCUUGAUAUAGAAAGGGUGAUUGCAAAGCCUUUUUUCUUUCUACUGGCUGUUUGCUUUGUUCCCCCAAACCUGGAUUAAAGUUAUAUGAGAUGUGUGCACGUGACGUUACUACAGUCCUCCAUGGCAGUUGCUCCAUAGCAGUCACUGGAGCUGUACCCAAGACUGAACUUCAUUCAGCGUGGGGCUUGGCACUCUUCUGGGAAACUGCCGAUUCUGCCCAUCAGUCGGUCUGGGAGUUUCUUUUUUAAGGAAAAGGAAAAUGACUUGAGGCAGUUGUUGCAUUGUGACCCCCUCAACUCUGUAAAAUUAAUUCCAUCCUUCUGCUACUGGUCCUGACCAAUAUCUCUGCUGAAGCUGUGGGAAUGGUGAGACUGUGACAGGCUGGAUGGUGUGCUAUUGAGGGUAUUUUUAAAGGGAAAAAUACAGACGGCACAUAACUUAUGUGCUAAAAGCCAAACAAGAAUGCAGAAAUGUGGAGGUCUUGCCUUAUUUUACCAGCUAUAUUUACUUCAGGAUUAUAAGUAAAAGGACCAUGGAUUGCUCAUCCAUAUUCAUGGGAGCUCUGCACAUGGACCAAGCACUAUAGAGUAUUAGCAUAAUUUGACAACAAAGGUUUUUAAUUAUGUCAUUGAAAAGAGUCUGUCUUUCAAACUGGCAUUUGUGAUCAUUUUCAAAAAUGCCUACCUGUUGCCUUUGAUUGUUUUAGCAAGAAGAAAUACCUCAAGGAACUGAUAAAAGAUCACAGAACAAUCUUUUACAGUUCCUACAGACUUCAGUGGUCUCUGUUUCUUUGGUUUGCAUGUGUUCACGCAGGUGUUACACAGCUCAGUUCUUCUCCACCAGGAAAAGCAGAAAAGACCAAACACAUCAAAUGCACUGGAAUGUAAUUGUGUGUGUGUGUGUGUGCCUGUGUGUGUGCGCGUGCGUGUGCAUGUGUGUUCUUAAAUUGAAUGCAGUCUGACAUCCCCUACCCCUUCUUUCUUCCAUGUGCCUCACCUUCCCCCUAGCCACAGAAAGGAGGGUCUCUUCCUGUGAAUCCCAUGCUGGAAGUUGGUUUCUGGGAAGCGAAACCUAAUGUCUGUGGGCUGUUUUUUAAAGCCAUGUUUCAGUUCUGUCUUCAGACUCUUAGCUGCCUUUGGGGAAUGGAGGGGUGGGAAGGGUAGAUUCUUAAACUGUUUUUAAAAUCUAUUAUGAAAAUUUUGCAUGUAUAAAGUUAUUUUUAAAUCUAAAGGAGUCUCCCUAAUUUGUAGACACAGCUCCAGGAGAGCAUCGUCACAGAUUCCUCAGCUCCAUUUUUUAUCAGACUAUUAUGAAAGGCAAUUUUAAUGGCAAAAGGGGGAGAGACUGGUGUGACGUAAAGACAACACUGUCAGUAUCUUUUACAAUAAAAGUCAGAAGCUAGGCUUCUAAUCGGGAAAUUUCAAAACAGCCCAAGGGAUUUGAAUGUCUGUUUCCACUGGGUAUAUUU